UAGUUAAUAAUGAUCAAGAAAUGACGAAGUUAAGUCUCUAAUAAUGCGAUAAAUGGCGAUGAUGUGAUAAAACGAAUUCCGAAAAUUCGGCUUUUCUAUUGGCUACUAACUCGCGUGACGAAGAUUACUGCGCACAUGCCAAAUUGAAUUUUUCAAUCCGAUAACACAUUUAUUUGAAAUAUAACGGAAAUUGGUUUAACUAUUCAUUGUUUUAGUUUUGAUAAAACGUGUUUGUAGAUUUUUUAAGUAUUUGGAUUUGUUGACUUCACGAUUUUCAAGAUGACUAUGCUUGGAUCGAAAAGCCUGGAAUUCGUUGAAGAAGUAAUCGGCUGCCUGAGCGAGUCUGUCCUUUCUGGCUUAAACACAACUAUUUCUUCAACCAUGCAGACCAUUUGCAAUGAAACUACAAUGGAAAAGGUUGAGGCGUAUGUGAGACCAUUAUGGGAGGUUGACUUUGUAAUGGCGCUGAUUUACUGCUGUUUGGUCGGUGUUGCUCUCUCCGUCGGCACGGUCGGAAACAUCCUUAUUCUGAUUGUAACAGCCGGAACCCGGACAAUGAACAGAGUCGGGCGGGAUUUUGUAAUAAACCUAGCACUUGCUGACCUCUGCGUGGCGGCCGUAGCGGACCCGAUGUGCAUUCUAGGCGUUAUAAAAGGUGAAAAAUGGUUUCAAAGCCGCUGGAUUUUGUGUGAACUGGUUGCCAGCAUGUGCCUUACAGCCUGCUUCUGCGCGUUCCUCAGCCUCACUCUGAUGUCAGUCAAUCGAUACGUUUUCGUCUGCCAAAACAAGUGGUACCAAAAGAUAUUUCGACGACCAGUUUGUAUCGCUUUGUGUAUGAUGUGCUGGAUCUCGGCGUUUCUAUUUGAGUUUCCGAAUUUUAUUGGCUGGGGAGGCCAUUAUUUCGACGAGAAAAACCAGCAGUGUAUUUGGGACAGGACUGCAAGUUUCUCGUACACGGUGUUUGUUUCGGCUGGGUUGAUCGGAGGCCCUCUGUUACUUAUGGGUCUCUGCUUUAUCCUAGUAUUCCGGAAAAUUUGGUUGACAAAGAAAAACGUGUUCUCACUGGACCUGGAAGACCCCCUCAGGAUGCGACGUGUGUGGCAAGAGGCACUACGGUCUUCACGUACGCUGGUAAUCAUCUUUGCGGCCUUCGUCAUCUGCUGGACACCGUACGCUAUCCUCACGGCACUGGAUGUAAAUGACACGUUCUCUACAGAAGUUCACUUGUUUGCUACCAUGCUGGCCCAUCUACAUUCAAGCCUGAAUUUCACUAUCUACAUGUUUACAAACAAGAGGUUCCGACAAUCCGUGUUCUCCCUAUUCCGCUGCAGCCUCACCACAUUUACCUACAGAAGUUCAACCGACCAUGACAAGACCUUGGAAACAGCUUCUUCGAAGAGCGACAGGACUGUCAGUGAACUGCCAAGGAAAUAUUACAUCAACGCAGCGCUUCAGCCCGAGAAAUCCCUCAAAAACGGUUUCUCUGACAUCGGGUUUGUUGAGAAGGGGAAUGAAGAUGGCACGAUAUACAAUGACAUGAUGAACGAGAAGAACGGUAUUAACGGGACAUAUGGCGACGUCCAGAAAUACUAGCAUUCACCCUUUUAUAAACAAAAAGUA